CUGUGUCUCUUUACUCUUUGGAGACGCCACUGGGUGGAUUUCACGGAGUUCCAUUUGAAACGUGAGCACUGAGCGGUUGAGCACGUUUGGCACGUUCGUUUGAGUCAUUUUUAGACAUUCUUACAGUCUGAUGUUUUUUCUAUUCCAUCUGAAACAGAGAUUCGUUUUCAGUUUUAUACGACACGAGAUUAGAUUGAUCGACAGUACGCGCGUCCAUUAACCAAGAAGGGGUCUUGGACUGUCUCGUUGUCGAGGUUGUGAGACCGAACGCCUCGUCCCCUGUUAGAAAACAAGCGCGAAAAUGAGCAAUUCAACUAUUUCGGAUCAGUCGCUGAUGGACAAGUCGAUGCGGAGUGUCUUCGUCGGGAACAUUCCGUACGAGGCCACGGAGGAGAAUCUGAAGGAUAUCUUCAGCGAGGUUGGGCCGGUGCUGUCCUUCAAAUUGGUAUUUGACCGCGAGACAGGCAAGCCCAAGGGAUAUGGCUUCUGCGAGUACAAAGAUCAGGAGACAGCUCUGAGCGCUAUGAGAAACCUGAAUGGAUACGAGAUCGGUGGACGAACGUUGCGCGUGGACAAUGCCUGCACGGAGAAAAGUCGCAUGGAGAUGCAGAGUCUCCUGCAGGGCCAGAACACAGAGAACCCUUACGGGGAGGCCGUGCAGUCGGACAAGGCACCGGAGGCGAUAAGCAAAGCCGUGGCGUCCCUCCCGCCGGAGCAGAUGUUCGAGCUGAUGAAGCAGAUGAAGCUCUGCGUGCAGAACAAUCCGCACGAGGCGCGUCAGAUGCUGCUGCAGAAUCCCCAGCUGGCGUAUGCGCUGCUCCAGGCACAGGUGGUCAUGAGGAUAGUCGAUCCGCACACGGCUGUCAGUAUGCUGCACAAGGCCAAUCCAAUUCCCAGCGUGCUGUCGCCAUCGGAGAAACCGAUCCCGCAGGUGCAGCCGCGAAUCGAGGAGCCGUGGGCGCCGCGACCCCCGCCGCCCGUUGUCAACGCCCCAGCGCCCAUUUUCGCGGGUCAGGAUGUGGAUCUUCGACUGGACAGGCAGUUAGAUCCGCGUGUAGCCAGGUUGGAUCAAGAUUUAAGAGGAUCGCCCCAGACGCAGCCUACGCCAGUCAGCGCGCCGUCAGUGAUACCAGCCACCGUCGAUCCGAGGGCGGCAAAUGCGUUUAAUAUCGCGGACAACAUUCUUCCUGUGGAAGGAAUCGAGAGCUUCUACCGCGAUCCGAGAGCUGACAGAUUCAGCAGAGACUCGAGAGAUCUCAGGGAGUCCAGGAUGCCCAUCGAUCCUAGGAUCACCAAAUCUAAUCCGACUCCUGUUGCACCGCCGAUUGUUCCGAGACCGGUUGCUGCACCGACUGUGCCAGCGUCAGGUACAUCAGGUAUAACGAGCAACACAACCAGCUCCUCUGCCGCUGCGCUUUCGCAGUCCGCGAGUUCCGCGACUACGAGACUAGUGGGAAUGUCUCCAGCGGGAAAUAUUCCUAGUGGCGCGUCCGAUCAGGAAAAGGCGGCUUUGAUAAUGCAGGUACUGCAGUUGUCAGAUGAACAAAUUGCAAUGCUUCCACCAGAGCAAAGGCAAAGCAUCUUAGUGCUAAAGGAACAGAUUGCAAAAAGUACACAACGUUAAUGUGAACUGUU